AUGGAUGAUUACUGUAAGAGGAGGAGGGGGAUUUGUAUGAUAAGCAUGCUUCCCGAUGAUUGUUUGUUUCUGGUUUUUGGAAAAUUAAAAACCAAAGCCGAUCGUGAUUCCUUUGGCUUGACAUGUCACCGUUUUCUUGAUGUCCAAAAUUCAAGUCGUAGAUGCUUGAGAACUAGUGAUAAAUGUGAAAUAUCAUCCUCUAUGAUUGCUAAAUUGCUAAACCGUUUUACCCGGUUACAAUAUCUGGGUGUGUCCACCGGUUGUCGUGACUUUUCAAAUUUGAUCAUAACCAAUAAAUUGCCAAUACACGGUUCUCGCCUGCGCUCUCUUGAUCUUUCUAAUUGUUUCGAUUUCUCCCACUUUGACUUAGUCGAUCGUUCUUACAGUUCGAUUAUAAACGACGCUGUGGUUGCAUCCGUUGCUUCUAGUUGUCCUAGCCUGUCUACUAUCCGUCUUCAUUACUCUUGUGUUACCGAUGAAGGAAUCAAUCAUUUGGCGACCAAAUUGGGGCGUUCCCUCAAAUGGGUGGAUAUUCUUGGGUGCUCUCAAAUAACUGACCUUGGGAUUUCUCACCUCACCCGCAACUGUCAUCAACUUAGAGCACUCAGAAUCACUCAAUGCCAUAAAAUUGCGGGUGCAAGCAUCCUUGGGUUACCUCCAACGUUGGUUGCUUUACAUGCUGGAGAGUGCGCGUUUGAUGCCACGCUUGUUUCUGGAGUACUUGUAAGAAGAAGCGGAGGAGGAGGUUGUUCUCUCGAGUAUCUAGAUGUUUCUUUUCCUUGGUACAGACAUCAAGCCGCAAGCCUUGCUUUUGGAUUUCCAGCAACUCUUAAAGUCCUCAAUCUCAUGUUGUGCUCCCCUGUCACGGAUGCCGAUGUAAUCAACAUCUCAAAAGGUUGCCCGUUGUUACAAGAGUGGAACUUAUCGGGUUGUAAUUUGAUUACGCUUCUCGGAUGGAAGUCAAUCGCAUCACGUUGUUGA